UCUAUGGGUGUGUCACUUUAGCUGUAAUAUGAGAACCAUGUGACCAAUAGGAAGAGAAAAACAGAUCGGACAAAUUAUUUACUUUUCUUCCUCAAACUACAGCGAAUGAAAAGUUCUCACUGUGAGGCCGGCAGGGAUUCACUCUAGUUGAGAGUUUGAGCAAGGAAGCAGAGCUACAGUCCAACAAUAGUGGAACAGCUCUACAUGUUAUACUGGUAUUUGUUGUGCACUGAAUAAUAACAAUACCAGCAAAGAUGGCCAGCCAGCUACAGAAGAUUGUAUCAGAGAAGAAGAACAUGGUAGAGACUGUAAUGGAAGUGUUUGAACAGGGAGCUGAGGUGGUGGCCAGUAUCGCAGGUGACCUCUUCCCUAUUUUCGCCAUCGCUGCUCCCAUCGUGAAAUUGGCCCUGGACAAUGUGGAGAGUAAGGAAGCUGUGUUCAUGAAGGAGCAGUUCCAGAAGGUUCGUGAACACCUGGAGGUGAUUUCAGAGGAGAUGCAGCGGAUUAACGAGGAAAUCAAGAAGAGCGGCGCGGACGCUGCCUACUUUUCUGUAGAGGAGAACAUAUCUAACCAGUUCCGCAAGUACAUGGACAUCCUCAAUGCCAAACCCAAGUUUCGUGAGGUCAAAAAGAAGCUUUUCAUGGAGCAUUUUGUCAAAACAGGUGGCGACAAAAACCUACAUACCCUCUACAGUGCCGUGACAGGAGACAACUUCUCUGGAGAGUCAGUGUUGGAGAUUACUCUUAACUAUGAGGAGAAGAGUCGACGCGCCAUGGAAGACUUCUGUGCCAGGUUGAAGAACCUCUUUUGCAUAGGCCUCAUCGCUCUGAUGGGUUACACCGCACUGAAGGACUGCGAUGACGAAGAGAAGCUUCUUCAAGACUGGGGUGAAAAGAUGAAGGAGGUACAGGUGAAAAUGAAUACUGUCAUCGAGGACUGCAUCACCAGCUUCUCCAAGCAGGCUGAACUGGAUUCCCGGAGGUUGGUUAGGGACCAUUCUGACCUGAGCAACCAGCAGCUGGCUGACGCCAUUUUGGAGAAGAUGAAAAAAAAGUAUGACUGGGUGUGCUGGUCUGUCCGUAUAUUCAGCUCCCCUUCGGGCUUGUUCUCGAACAAAAAAGACAUCCAGUGCCCCACAGGAAAAAAUCGCUUUCAGGUGCCAGCGACAGACGAGAAGCUGAACGUCAUGGUGUCCUACAGUGCCUCGCCCGAGCCUCUGAACAAGGCCCACAUCCAGCAGCUGAUCCAGAGUCAGAAGAAACUCACCGUAGUGUGUACAGCUGAGCUCCUGUUUGAGCAGUUGCCAGGUGCAUGUGCAGUCCACACGGUAAAGACUUGCAAAGACCUGGCUUGUGCCUGGAGCUUUGCCGAAGAGCUACACUACUGGGAGCAGCACAAGAACUUCUAUGUUUGCGUUCACUGCAAUUGACGUUUUCUCACUUAAAAAUUAAUUAAUAAUUAGCUAUAGAUACCAAGAUUAUAUUCAUUCCAAUUUGGUCUUUGCACUAAGACUGACAUUCCCAAGAACUUUCUCUCUUUCUCAGUUGAGUUCUGAUCCCCAGCUAUACUAAUGAGGAGGAACACAAGCUAACACUUAUUAUAAAGCAUGAUACUUACCAAAGACUGUUUUACCUGUUAAUCUAUUCUUUGUAAUGUUUCUCUUUUAUGUAUCCCCCCUACUCUGUGUUGCCUCUGAUAAUGUAAAUUCAACUUUGGAUCUUGAUACAUAUUCUAAAUUGAUCAAAUCAUAGAUUUUUGAGGAAGUGUGUAAAUAUAAAAGCCUAAUGUUUGUAUUGUCUGUAAGAAAUCCCUCAACAUUUUGCAUAACUAGAACUGCAUUUUCCCUCUUUAUAUACAGUUGAAGUCGGAAGUUUACAUACACUUAGGUUGGAGUCAUUAAAACUCGUUUUUCAACCACUCCACAAAUUUCUUGUUAAAAAAACAUUGUUUUAGCAAGUCGGUUAGGAUAUCUACUUUGUGCAUGACACAAGUCAUUUUUCCAACAAUUGUUAACAGACAGAUUAUUUCACUUUCACAUAAUUCACUGUAUCACUAUUCCAGUGGGUCCGAAGUUAACAUACAAUAAGUUGAUUGUGCCUUUAAACAGCUUAGAAAAUUCCAGAAAAUUAUGUCAUGGCUUCUGAUAGGCUAAUUAACAUAAUUUGAGUCAAUUGGAGGUGUACCUGUGGAUGUAUUUCAAGGCCUACCUUCAAACUCAGUGCCUCUUUGCUUGACAUCAUGGGGAAAUCAAAAGAAAUCAGCCAAGACCUCAGAAAAAAUUGUAGACCUCCACAAGUCUGGUUCAUCCUUGGGAGCAAUUUCCAAACGCCUGAAGGUACCACAUUCUUCUGUACAAACAAUAGUAUGCAAGUAUAAACACCAUGGGACCACGCAGCCGUCAUACCGCUCAGGAAGGAGACGCGUCCUGUCUCAUAGAGAUGAACGUACUUUGGUACGAAAAGUUCAAAUCAAUCCCAGAACAACAGCAAAGGACCUUGUGAAGAUGCUGGAGGAAACAGGUACAAAAGUAUCUAUAUCCACAGUAAAAUGAGUCCUGUAUCGACAUAAACUGAAAGGCCGCUCAGCAAGGAAGAAGCCAAUGCUCCAAAACAGCCAUAAAAAAGCCAGACCACGGUUUGCAACUGCACAUGGGGGUAAAGAUUGUACUUUUUGGAAAAAUUGCCUCUGGUCUGAUGAAACAAAAAUAGAACUGUUUGGCCAUAAUGACCAUCAUUAUGUUUGGAGGAAAAAGGGGGAGGCUUGCAAGCCGAAGAACGCCAUCCCAACCGUGAAGCACGGGGGUAGCAGCAUCAUGUUGUGGGGGUGCUUUGCUGCAGGAGGGACUGGUGUACUUCACAAAAUAGAUGGCAUCAUGAGGAGGAAAAUUAUGUGGAUAUAUUGAAGCAACAUCUCGACAUCAGUCAGGAUGUUAAAGCUUGGUUGCAAAUGUGUCUUCCAAAUGGACAAUGACCCCGAGCAUACUUCUAAAGUUGUGACAAAAUGGCCCAAGGACAACAAUGUCAAGGUAUUGGAGUGGCCAUCACAAAGCCCUGACAUCAAUCCCAUAGAAAAUUUAUGGUCAGAACUGAAAAAGCGUGUGCGAGCAAGGAGGCCUACAAACCUGACUAAGUUACACCAGCUAUGUCAGGAGGAAUGGGCCAAAAUUCACCCAACUUAUUCUGGGAAGCUUGUGGAAGGCUACCCAAAACGUUUGACCCAAGUUAAACAAUUUAAAGGCAAUGCUACCAAAUACUAAUUGAGUGUAUGUAAACUUCUGACCCACUAGGAAUGUGAUGAAAGAAAUGAAAGCUGAAAUAAAUCAUUCUCUACUAUUAUUCUGACUUUUUACUUGGAUUAAAUAUUAGGAAUUGUGAAAAACUGAGUUAAAAUGUAUUUGGCUAAGGUUUAUGUAAACUUCCGACUUCAACUGUAUAAAACAGCACCUUAGAGUGAACUUUCACUUGCAGAUUCAAUUUCAACUGCUGCAAUUUACAUUCAUAUGGCACAGUGGAGGCUGCUGAGGGGAGGACGGCUCAUAAUAAGGGCUGUAACGGAGCAAAGGGAAUGGCAUCAAACUAUGUGUUUGAUGUAUUUGACACUAUUCUACUCAUUCCUUUCUAGCCAUUCCCACGAGUCCCUUCCUCCCCAAUUAAGGUGCCACCAACCUCCUGUGAUAUGACGACAACUCAACUGAUAUUUUAUCACACACUGCUUCACUGAACCUGCUCCCAUUCCAUGUGAUUUGAUCAACCAACCCACUACACAGGCAUGCUAAGACAUAUUAUUGCUGUGAAGGUGGAGGAAGAUACGCUUGUUUACUCAUGAAUGCCUAGCAUAGAUAUGCUCGUCACAUCUUUACCUGUUGUGAUGUGCAACAGAAAUGGUGGUAUCACAGGUCAUCUCGACUCAGUCCAUAGUUCCACAACCCUAUGAAGUACUUACAUUUAGUAUCUUAAUGUUUAACCCAUUCCACUUUCCAUGCAUUCAUUCUUUUUUGCACCUUUAUUUUCUGAGCAAUUUUACUAGUUUUAUGUUUUCUUUUACAAAACAUGUUGAUCUGAAGUGGGUGCUUCACGUUGGUGGUAGAUGACAUCUGGAAAGGCGCUAUAUACACUACCAGUCAAAAGUUUUAGAACACCUACUCAUUCAUCGGUUUUUCUUUAUUUUUUUACUAUUUUCUACAUAUUAGAAUAAUCAUAAAGACAUCAAAACUAUGAAAUAAAACAUAUGGAAUCAUGUAGUAACCAAAAAAGUGUUUAACAAAUCAAAAUAUAGUGUAGAUUUUAGAUUCUUCAAGGUAGCCAUCCUUUGCCUUGGUGACAGCUUUGCACUUAUCCUCUGCAGCAGAGGUAACUCUGCGUCUUCCUUUCCAGUGGUGGUCGUCAUGACAACCAGUUUCAUCACACUGUAGUGCUUGAUGGUUUUUGAGUCUGCACUUGAAACUUUCAAAGUUCUUGAAAUUUUCCGGUUUGAUUGACCAUGUCUUAAAGUAAUGAUGGACUGCCAUUUCUCAUUGCUUAUUUGAGCUGUUCUUGCCAUAAUGCACUUGGUCUUUUACCAAAUAGGGCUAUCUUCUGUAUACCCCCCUUCCUUGUCACAACACAACUGAUUGGCUCAAAUGCAUUAAGAAGCAAAGAAAUUCCACAAAUUACCUUUUAACAAGGCACACCUGUUAAUUUAAAUGCAUUCCAGGUGACUACCUUAUGAAGCUGGUUGAGAGAAUGACGAGUGUGCAAAACUGUCAUCAAGGCAAAGGGUGGCUACUUUGAAGAAUCUCAAAUAUAAAAUAUAUAUUAAUUUGUUUAACACUUUUUUGGUUACUACAUUAUUCCAAAUGUGUUAUUUCAUAGUUUUGAUGUCAUCACUAUUAUUCUACAAUGUAGAAAAUAGUACAAAUAAAGAAAAACCCUUGGAUGAGUGGGUGUGUCCAAACUUUUGACUGGUACUGUAAAUGCAAUCAGUUAAUAAUUAUGAAGUGGCGGUUUGAUGUCUAUGUCCUGCCUAUUACAAACUAGCCAUUGCCAAUAACUUCAACCUUUUUAAAUGGGAUGAAAAGAACACAAGUCAUUGCACCCCCUUAAACUAAGUAAUAAGGACUCCAUAUUCAACAUUAUAAACUGUCUGGUUUGAGCUCUGAAUGCUGAUUGGCUGACAGAUUGGUAUAUCAGACAGUAUACCACAGGUAUGACAAAACAUUUUAUUUUUACUGAUCUAAUUACGUUAGUAACCAGUUUAUAAUAGCAAUACGUCACCUCAAAUGAAUUAUUAUUUUAUUCUAGGUUCUCUAUCAAUAUGCCUUGUAUCACACAAUUACUGUAUCAAAUAAAAACAAAGAUGGAUAUUACUAUGUUAA